GGGGCCAAAGAUGAUACAGCAGGAUUAGAGAGAUGUCAGCCUCCCUGAGAGGGGCUGGGAUUUGAGGCUGUGCUUCUCCACCCAGAGCCCUCCCCGCUUCUCUUCAAGGAGUAACUAGACCCGAGGGCAGCUGCUGUUGCCCAUGCCUGACUAAAAAUAGUCUGCCCUUCUGGCUCAGGACUGGGGAGGGGGAGGGGAGGAGGGAGACAGGAGGACAGGCCCCGCCAGCCAGCUAAAGGACUCCUAGGAUGCUUCAGCUACUUCCCUCACGGCCAGCCUCAGUCCAGAGCCCUGGCUGGGUGGCUGGACUUGGAUGUGACUGGAACUCUCCAGAGCCAUCUGUCACCCCCACAAGGCCAACAUCCCACUCUGCCCAGCACCGAGUGGUAUUUACUCCGAUGACUGAGUCGUCGGAAGGAAGCUUACACCCUCUGUCUCUACGGACCAGCAGGCUGAGGCCCGGUCCUACCUCAGCGAGGAGAUGAUCGCUGAGUUCAAAGCCGCCUUCGACAUGUUCGACGCGGAUGGCGGCGGGGACAUCAGCGUCAAGGAGCUGGGCACCGUGAUGAGGAUGCUGGGCCAGACACCCACCAAAGAGGAGCUGGACGCUAUCAUCGAGGAGGUGGAUGAGGAUGGCAGCGGCACCAUCGACUUCGAGGAGUUCUUGGUCAUGAUGGUGCGCCAGAUGAAAGAGGACGCCAAGGGCAAGAGCGAGGAGGAGUUGGCUGAGUGUUUCCGCAUCUUCGACAGGAACGCGGACGGCUACAUCGACGCCGAGGAGCUGGCGGAGAUUUUCCGGGCCUCCGGAGAGCACGUGACAGACGAGGAGCUCGAAUCCCUGAUGAAGGACGGGGACAAGAACAACGACGGCCGCAUUGACUUCGACGAGUUCCUGAAGAUGAUGGAGGGCGUGCAGUAAGAAGUUGGCCCUUGCAGCCACCGACACCGCGCGGCCCUCGGGCGUGGGCGGCACUGCCCCCCGGGCCGCUCCAGUUCCCCCGCCCCGGGAGGGAGGCGCGGCCCCGUCUGGGGAUGUGUCUGGAAGGAAUAAAAGGAAACAUUGCAAA